CAACCUUUACGGUCUACAGUGUCGAGAAAUAAAACCCCAGCAGCAGAUAUGAACGCCUUGAAGAAUGACCACCCGACCUUGGCCAACCUACAGAGUGUCUUGGAAGAAGAGGGAAUCGAAUUCGUCCGCUUUGAGUUUGGCGACAUGAACGGCAUAUCUCGGUGUAAAGUCGUGCCGUCUCGACAUACUCUGGAGAAGUCCAAGCGAGGUGUCGACAUGCCCAUGGGUCAUCUGAGCAUGGACACGGCGUGUAACGUUGUCUCCGGUACCGGGUACACCAGGGAUAUCGGCUGGGGCGACGGGAUUUACUUCCCCGAUCUAAGUACCUUUCGCUCGGUGCCUUGGCUUCCAAACACCGCCCUAGUGUUGAUGGAGCCGACUUUCCUCGGCAAGCCCAUACCGUCCUACCCACGUUACAUCGCCAGACGACAGCUGGAUCGUCUUCAGGAGUUGGGCUACAGUCUGCUGUCGGCGCACGAGCACGAGUUCUACGUCAUCGAUGCCGAGUCCAAGAAGCCACUACACCAGGGAAACCUAAGGUCCUCUUUAAGCAUCUUCGCAGACACUGAUCUGAUGUACGCCUUCUCGCGAAGUUUGACCGGGAUCGGCGUGAACGUGGAAGCUUUGGACACCGAAAUUUCCCCCGGUCAAGUUGAGAUAACCUACAAACCGGCGUUUGGAAUCCGCGCGGCUGACAACGCGCAUCUGUACCGCGCAACUAUUAAGGAGGUAGCGCAGAAACGGGGCUACAUCGCCUCGUUCAUGUCUAAACCGUGGGCGGAUCGGAGCGGAAACUCCGCCCAUUUUUGUCACUCCCUCUGGGAUGCUGCAGGGAAGAAAGGCGUCAUGUAUGACCCUAGGGAUGAGCUGAAAAUAUCCGAAGUGGCACGGCACUGGAUCGCCGGUAUCCUCGCCCACGCUCCAGCAAUCAGUCUUCUCAUGGCGCCAACUCCCAACUGCCCGAAACGAUUCAAACCUCUCAGCUUCGCGCCAACCAACGCCACGUGGGGGAUUGAUAACCGGACCUGCGCCUUGCGUCUGAAGAUACAAGGUGAGGCGGGAACCUACUUGGAGAAUCGCAUGGGAGCCAGUGCCAGCAAUCCUUAUCUGACGCUAGCCGCCACAGUGGCCGCUGGAAUCGACGGCAUCGCCAAGAAGCUGCCACUCCCAGCCCGAGUUACCGGCGAAGCGUUCGUGCAGGCCGACGUACCUCCUGGUACCCGGGACCUCCCCGGUACCCUCCAGGGCGCUCUGGAAGCCUUCGAAGCAGACAGCGUCAUCACCGAGGCUUUUGGGAAGGAGUUCUGCCGAGCAUUUCUCGCCAUCAAGCGGUACGAGAUGGAGAAGGAGAGGGAAGCACAAGCAAAUGGAGACACCGACUGGGAAUAUCGCAACUACUUUGAGAUGAACUAACCUGUCUGUCAGAUAUCUUACUGCACAGUAAUAAGCCAUUUCGCUCGAGCAUACGCGCCAACUCGCCUCGAUGACCAUUUUUGGGGAAAACAAACAUAGUGUAACAUAUAGAAUUUGGAUAUAGUCUUUGGGACGUUUGACUAUACUCAGAUGUUAGGAUACGAAAGCUGUGGCUAAGGGCGGGAUGAACGAUGACUACGAAGAAUACAAAGACGCACUGGUAUGAGCUCAGCAUUAUGGAGAAACUAUUUUAUUCUCAAGAACUCAAUUAAAAACCUGGUCACAGAUGAAGACUGGCCAGGGCUGAAUCGGCUUAUGGCUAUGCCUCUGGUUUCCCAGGGAGAAAAAGGAGAACUCAAUGAAAGUGGGGAAAUGUGGGCAUUUUAUACAAUUUCUGAGGGGCAACUUUAGGUGAAAAUAGGACAUGAUGUCAUAUAAGGAAGACAUAACUUAUAUGACAUCAUUUCUGAGUAAAGGUAGACUGACCAUGGACUGACGUAAUGGUCAGUCUGGGGGAGCACCCUCAUGAGGUCAUUUUCCCUGUACAAGGGUGAAAUUGUUACGCCCCAACUAUGGUAAUGGU